AAUGAGCCUACAUACGAAUCACCAUGGUAAAAAUAGAGCUCCCAGGGCCUUCAUGCAGAGGGCUCAUGUUCCCGUUGGUUCCAGAUAGUGCCCGCAAGGGACAAAAUUUAAGGAGGCAUCACUCUUAGGGUAUUCAGGGACUGCUUACUCUGCUUACCAGUGAGUCCCUCCUUAAAGUUUGCACUAUAGGCCCCUUUGCCUUAUGCUGGAGAUGGGUAUUCUCUCCGGACCAGGGAAACAGCCAGCGGACUCAGAAUAGCUCACCUAGAAGGGAAGGAGUAAAGAGAGACAGGGGAGUCUUCUCAGGUAGCAAAGCAGAGAAGGAUGGCCAUAGAGAGGCCAGUCCCGGUUCACUCUAAGACACACUCUUUUUUCUUUUUUUCUUCCCAGCUUUUUGGAGGUUUAUGAUCGACAAAAUUGUGAUUGUAAAAUUCAAGUGUACAUCUUAAUGAUUCGAUGUCUAUGUGUGUUGCGAAAGGGUUCUUUCUUCUCUAGUUCAUUAACACAUCUAUUCCCCCCCACAUGUUUAUUUACGUCCUUUUUGGUGAGAACAUUUAAGUUAUAUACCCUUAGCAAAUUUUAAUUAUAUACUGCAGUGUUAUAAACUAUAGUCCCGAAGUUUAUAACUUUAAAGAGUUCUAAGAUGAAUACGGUGCUCAGACCUUACAGCAGUUAUCAAGCAUGCAAGCUCCAUUCCCUCCCAGAACUAGGCACUAGGGGAGCCCGUCCUUCAGGCAGAAGUCUGAAAAGUUGGAAGCGCAAGAUGUGGGGUCCAAACACUGCCCUCGUCAGGGAAAAUUUGAGAGUUGUGAGUUCCCUCCUGAUAAUAUGCUGUUGGGCUCAGAGUCCAGUCAAAGUAAGACAGUCUCACAAAAGGGAUUUUCUAGACGUUUCAAAUAAUGGCAGCUCUCUGGAGAGGAGGCUCUGAAGGAACUCCAGACCCGUUCUACCUGUUGCUGUUAGGCUGCUGGUUUUCCUAGCGAUUGAGGGAUGUUGGUUUCUAAGAGAGAGCUCGAUGGAAUUACAAUAAAUUAAAAUGCCACAAAGAUCACUGUUCUUACCGAGAUUGUGUCAUUUUCCUUGAAUAAACACUUUCUAUAUUGCUGUGAGCCUUUGGUUAAUUUCCAGACUUUAAAAAAUUUGAUUCUGACAAAUUUUUGUCUGCUUUCUCCUUGCCCUAAUGGAGAAGAGCAUUUUUGGAGGUCUUUACUCUGGCAUUUUCACUGACAUCACCUAUAGUAUAUUUGGAAUGCCCUUCUAUAUGAUUGCGUUCUCAUUUCUUAAACACAGCUUAGAUGUCUCCUCCUCUGGUGCUUUCUCUGUGUCCUCCGGGCAAAGGAGUCAGCUCUUCCUUUGUCUUCUAUACCCCUGUGUUUAUGCCUUGUUAAUUCACUUUUCACUUACUUGUGUCUGUUCCCAUGUCUUCUCGCAGCCUGCCGUUCCCUAGUUGGUGACUUAUUCAUCGUCUGUGCCCAGACCGGUUCUGGAACACACAGCAAGUAUGCCUGCUUGUAGGAUGGGGGUAUUUGUUUUAGGAGAUCUCUGAGCCUAGCCCGGGGAGUCUCAGCCAGAGCCACCAGUUCUCUCCUCCUGUUUCAGUGAUGCAUAACUGACCUUCGUGUCUCCAUCGUGUUGGAAGUGUGGGGAGCUCUGCGUGCCUACCGCAAGCUCAGAGCUGACUGAGUGUCUGAGGGAAGCAGAGGGCAGAGGCAGAGCCCUUGUCACGAGCUUCAACAGUGAUAAUAAUGCCGGCAGCCAACAGUUACUGGGUCUUUUCCAUGCUGCUGUAUGCCGGGUUAGGAGGUUUAUACUCACUAUCUCAUUUGGUUCCAGCAUCAGUCCUAGGAGGUGGGUCCUGUUAUCCUCAUUUUACCCGUGAGGCUGUGUAAGGGAAGGGGCAGAACUGGGGUUAGGUGAAGGCCCGGCUUCCAAGGCCCAUAUUCUUAACCGUUCCAUCUGAGGGAUCCUUGAGGAGCGUUUGGAGGAGGGGAGACCACACAAGCCUUUUUCUUCCCUGGCACCUGUUCUGCCUCCCUGAAGAGAUGCGGCUCCCAUGGGUUCAGCCCACCCUGGGCUCAGCUGGGCCGCCUUGUGCUUUGAAGCAAGGGUGCGCUGAGGGCUCCUGCAGUGACUGGCCCCCAGGAAAGCCGGGGGAAGAAGCCCGUAUUUCCCCAGCAUUGGGGUGACAAGUGCAUCCCUGAGGAGAGAAACGGCAAAGAUUCCUCGUUAUUUCCCCCAUUCCAGCACGGUGACAGCCCCAGCCUGCUGGGAAGGCCAGCCCACACAGAGAGGAGGUAUAAUCUAGAGGGCUCGGAAGCAUUUCCACAGAUGCGGAUAACCGUCCUUCUGAUACAGCCCUGUCAGCAGGAAGGGGGAUUGUGCUAGCAUGCAUGGGGCACACUGUUGGGCACAAGGGACCUGGUUGCUAAGCAACAGUCGCUGGCCUCCCCUCCUCCCUGUAACCUUUUUCUCUGUUUCUAAGCUUCUAGUUAGCAGAUGGGAGGGGCUGAGGCUGCCCAGCCCAGCCCAGCCCUUGGCCCCCUUUCCUGCAACAAGGGGUCUAUUCAUGGUUCUGAGCAGAUUUAUUGUUUCUCUGGAGCAUGUCUGUAUGUGUGUGUGUGUAGGGGGAGGAUAAAGGGAGGGGCGUAUGAGAACUAGGGAGACCUCAUCCUCCGACCAAGCGGGCUGGGCUGUUUGAUCGAUGCUGAUCCAAGAACAGGAGCAGAACCCUGCCUAGAGACCCCGAGGGUUUACAUCAGUGCCACUGACCUGAAUGAGCCUGAUGCCGGAUGGCCAAACCCACAUGGAGGCUCAGUAUGCAGAGGAGAGCCCAGGACCCAGGAACUUCCAAGCAAAGCCAAGAGACCCACUGUGGAGGCCCGAAGCCCAGCAGCACCCCACCUCUCUGGCAGGGUGCCGGGGCGCAGGACAGCGCUGCUGUGUGGGGCUGGGAGCCUUGGUUCUGCUGGCUGGUGUGAGCGUCGGCUCCUGGCUUCUCGUGCUAUAUCUGCGGCCGGCGACCUCUCAGCCCACUCCUGGGACCCUGCAGGAUGAGGAGAUCCCUUCGAGCUGCUCUGAGACCAGCGGUGCGGAAGCCCUGUUCCCCACGCUGUCCAGAACAGUAUCUUUCAGAAUAAACAGCGAGGACUUCCUGCUGGAAGCACAGGUGAGAGCGCGGCCAGACUGGCUCCUGGUCUGCCACGAGGGCUGGAACCCUGCCCUGGGGGUACGGAUCUGCCAGAGCCUGGGGCAUCUCAGACUCACUCACCUCAAGGGAGUGAACCUGUCUGACAUCAAGCUCAACAGCUCCCAGCGGUUUGCUCAGCUCCCUCCCAGACUGGAGGGCUUCCUGGAGGAAGUGUGGCAGUCCAGGAACAGCUGCGCUUCCGGCCAAAUCGUUUCCCUCAGAUGCUCUGCGUGUGGGGCGAGGCCCCUGGCCUCCCGGAUAGUUGGUGGGCAGGCCGUGGCUCCUGGGCGCUGGCCCUGGCAAGCCAGUGUGGCCCUGGGCUCCCGGCACACGUGCGGGGCCUCCGUGGUGGCGCCCCACUGGGUGGUGACGGCCGCUCACUGCGUGCACAGUUCUAGGGUACCCCGCCUGUCCAGCUGGCGGGUCCACGUGGGGCUGGUCAGCCACAGUGCCGUCAGGCCUCACCAGGGGGCUGUGGUGGAGAGGAUUGUCCCCCACCCUCUCUACAGCAGCCAGACUCACGACUAUGACAUCGCCCUCCUGCGGCUCUGGACGCCACUCAACUUCUCAGACACCGUGGGUGCUGUGUGCCUGCCAGCCAAGAAGCAAGAUUUUCCAAGGGGAUCACAGUGCUGGGUGUCUGGCUGGGGCCACACCAACCCCAGCCACACCCACAACUCAGAUACGCUCCAGGACACGCUGGUGCCCCUGCUCAGCACCGAGCUCUGCAACAGCUCCUGCAUGUAUAGUGGGGCGCUCACCCCCCGCAUGCUGUGUGCUGGCUACGUGGAUGGGAGGGCUGAUGCGUGUCAGGGUGAUAGCGGGGGGCCCCUGGUGUGCCUGGACAGGGGCACCUGGCACUUGGUGGGGGUGGUCAGCUGGGGCCGUGGCUGUGCGGAGCCCAAUCACCCGGGCGUCUACGCCAAGGUUGCUGAGUUCCUGGACUGGAUCCAUGACAUUGUGAGGGUCUCCCUGAUUUCUGCUCCCCAGAGCAGAUACGAGGCUCAGCGAGCACCAUUGGGGGAGGUGAAGAGGGGUGCCGUCGUCCCCCUGGGAGGCCGGUAGGCCUCUUCUCCAGCCUCUGCCAGCCGGAGGGGAUCAGAGAAGAGCAAAGAAGAGACUGCCAGACUGCUGGAGCCCGCAGGGAUUUUGUGGGGUUUGUUUUUACUCAGCACUGUCUGCAGAGGUGAGGGCAUGAAUAAAAGAGUGAGGGAAGAUUUACUGUUCCCACAGUCGGCGGUGGCCUUGUAUUUGCAUAGCGGAUCCUGGCGAGGAGGGGCUGGAGCAGGUGGGAGCGAGGCUGGGACUCAGGGAGAAAGACUCUUGGUCAUCUUUCCGCAAGGACCCCGGGGAGCUGCAGGCCAGGCUGCGAGGGGCUGUCUAGGCCAACUCUCCCAUCACCAGGGGCCAGAGGGUCCCUCCCCUCUCCCACCUUCUUGCCUGCAUGAACCCAUAGCAAGCAGCUUGGGUUCAAGAAUCUCUAAACCCAGAGGCACGUGGUGGGCCUGAGGGGUGUGCUGCCAAUGAGGACCUCAGAAGAAAGGGUUCCAGGCUGGGUUCAUUGUCAUUCAUGGCCAUGGUAAUGACAAUUGAGAUAUGACCUUUAUCACAGCCUAGCCCAGUCUGGAGCUGGGUGGGGCUGGGGCUGGGGCUGGGGCUUUCCGCUGGCAUCAACCUUCACGGGGUCCCCUGUGACCCCCACGUGCAUGUCCAAGGUGAUAUAACCCAUAUCUUGGCAACACUGUACUGCUUCUGGGGCCAACAAAUGAUGGACAACUUUUUAUGUAGUCGUCCUAAUGGGUCAAAACUGGUGGUGGGAGGCAGCGGAAGAAAGGAAAGUCUGAGGGGCUGGGGUGGUCCCUGGGAAGUGAUCUGCUCUGUAUUGUGUGUGUAUGUGUGGUCUGUGUGUGUUUUUGUGUGCAUAACUCUGUGUGUGUGUGCCUUUUUUUUUUAAGGUUCACAUAAUUUA